AGACAAGGUGCUGGAGCGACCAACGGGAAAGACAAGACUUCCGGAGAAAAUGACGGGCAGAAGAAAGUUCAAGAGGAGUUUGAUAUCGACAUGGACGCCCCAGAGACAGAACGUGCAGCCGUGGCCAUUCAGUCCCAGUUCAGAAAAUUCCAGAAGAAAAAGGCUGGCUCUCAGUCCUAGCUGGGAUGGCUUGCAUCUGCCUUGAGACCCCCAAGGCCACCGUCAUCCCUGGAGAAAUUAAGACAGCAAUGCCCUGGAGAGAAACCAUCCGCUCCCAGCACUCACUCAUACCCGCAGCCUCCUCCCAUGCAUGUACCCGUGUUAUUUAUGCCCUCUCCGAAGGUGUAGACAGCUCCAAUGAGCUGCUCAGUCCCCAUGUCCCCAUGUCUCUGCAGCAGCCUCAUGCCCCCUCUGGAAGGUCACUCUUUUCCUUGAUGUUGUAAUAAAAUGGAGUUCAGAUGUGCA